AUGUCUGCCUCACCCGACAAGGAGAAUAGACUAGCCUCAGCUUCUGAUCGGCUGGAACAGGAAGCUCGUAGCCUUUUCGAAAUCGGUGAUUUUCAUGCUUCCCUGAAGACCCUCCAACGUGCCUAUAAGAUAAAUCCUACUGGACGGUUGGAACGAAGAAUAGAACGGCUGUUGAAUGUUAUCAAUUCUACCAAGCACUCAGACAUUGAUAGCCUUAUUAAAAAGACAACUGAUCUUUCACUUCAAGAAAAAGCGCAAUCGGAUGAAAGGCUGACUGUUGAAUCGUUGUUAACUGAAGCACGUAUUCUUUUUGAACAAGGAAAUACAGAGGGUUCUUUAGCUAAAGUUAGGAAGGCUUAUGCUAUUGAUCCUAAUAGCAAAACUCUGCGUAAAUUGAAACGCCUUGAAGAGGUGCUUGAAGAUGAAAGAAAGUUAGCCUUGGAGAAUUUUAGUUCAACAAAGUUAAAGGAAGGUCGUGAGAGUGGUGUUGCUGAACCCAAGUCUUCAGAAAUUCCUGUAAGCCUUUGUGCAGUUCAAAAGGCCUUUUUUCAAGAAAAUACCGUGCCCCAUGAAGUUGCUGCUAGUGAAAAUGCUGAAACUGAAGCCCAACAGCACAUCAAACAAGCGCGCACAUUAAUGGAGGAAGGUCGAUUAGAGGAAUGUCUCGAUGAGUUAGUUUGUGCCUACAGCAUCGAUUCCAAUCCCAAAACUGCGCGUAAGAUUGAGAGGAUUCAAGCUAUGAUAACCUGUUCCUCCUCUUCUCCCCAACAAUCGUCCCCGAAACCUUCCACCUUAGUUCCGUCCGGUGAAUUCGCCAGUGAGGAAUCUGCUCGUCUUGAAAAGCAGGCUCGAGUGUUUUUUCAGAAUAAGGACUAUCAUGGCACACUUGAUCUCCUACUUAAAGCUAAUGAACUCUGUCCAAGUGAAAAAUUGAAAAGAAGAAUUGGACGACUUCGAGAACUUAUGGCUGAAGAGGAGAAGAGAAAGCACCAUGAAGAUGAAUCUGAGGAUGACGUUGAUGCUUUGAUUCGUGGCGCAGCCAACCUUUCAAUAGCUGAAGAGAAAUUCUCCCCUGGAGAUAAUAUGACAAAAGUGUCUGAUGGCUUCUAUCUUCCAACCGGUUUAUAUGAAAGGUUAUACCCCUACCAGAGAGAUGGAGUAGCUUGGCUCUGGAAUCUUCACAAGACUUCUCCCGGUGGUGUCCUCGCUGAUGAUAUGGGUCUAGGCAAAACUUUGCAGACCAUCGCCUUCUUGACCGGUUUUUUCCUAUGCGACGACGAAGGAUGUGCGAAGAGAAAAAAGCCUCGCACUGCUAUUAUUCUUGCUCCUGUCUCAGUUAUGCAGACCUGGCAAUCAGAAUUUGAGAAGUGGUCGCCAUCCCUUCGCCUCUACACCUAUUACGAGAUGACCAAGAAGGCGCGUCAACGAGCCCUUAACAACUUUCAGUGCCGCGGAGGUAUCCUCCUCACCUCCUACAACAUGUUCACAAGCGGAGCUGAAGAUAUCGCCUCUCAUCAAAACGUGGAAUCUACCGGUUGGCUGUCCUCAAAUCGCGAAAGGUACUACAAACAGACAUUCGCCUACGACUACGUCAUUUUAGAUGAGGCCCAUCGUAUCAAAAACCCCUCUGCAAAGAUCUCACAAGCUGUUCGUCUCCUAGAUUGUAAACAUCGACUUCUUCUAACCGGUACUGCUAUCCAAAACAAUCUUCGUGAACUCUGGUCCCUCUUUGAUUUCACUCAUGCUGGGCGCCUACUUGGGGGUCAACAGACUUUCAUGCUUCAGUACGGAAAACCCAUUCUUCGCUCGCGAGAACGCGAUGCUUCCAAUGCUGAGCGUCUCCAUGGAAAUUUAAUGGCAGAAUCGUUAAAUAAGAUGAUUGCGCCAUUUAUCCUCCGUCGUACGAAACAGGACACACUCUCCGAUAAUCAACAAAUGCCCCAGAAAAAUGAAUUGGUUGUGUGGUUGUAUUUGAGUAAUCUCCAAGAGACUAUCUACCGCAGUUUCCUCAAGCUAGAACAUGUAAAGAGUCUUCUGUUUGGAAAUACUACCCGUUCACCUCUUGUGGAGCUGACUAUUCUCAAGAAACUCUGUGAUCAUCCACGACUUCUCUCGACGGAGCAGUGUGCAAAUUUGGGCUUGGACGUCUCCAAAACUCUUCCUGGAUCUGAAAUACAGGUCCCUUCAUUUAAAACUCUCCUGGAGGAGUCUGGGAAGAUCGGAUUUACUGUACAACUGCUUGAACAGUUCCAGAUUGAGUCGCUGGAGACUGGGAAGCCUGCUCAUCGGACGUUAAUUUUUUCACAAUCUUUGCGGCUUCUCGACAUGACUGAAGCUGCGAUUUUGGAGGUAAAUAGAGUACCUAGUCGACCACGUGAUUUGCCGAAGCAUAAGAUCCUUCGAUUAGAUGGAAGAUUGAAGAAAUUGCAGGAGAGAAAUGAGAUAUUAAGCCGGUUUGCUGAAGACCUCAGCUAUACUGUUAUGCUGCUCACUACUCAGGUUGGUGGUGUGGGUUUAACUAUCACAACAGCUGAUCGAGUUGUAAUCCUUGAUCCUUCCUGGAAUCCGUCGAUUGACGCUCAAGCGGUAGAUCGUGUCUAUCGAAUCGGUCAGCGUUCAAAUGUGAUUGUCUACCGUCUCAUCACUUGUGCCACCGUUGAAGAGAAGAUAUAUCGUCGACAGGUUUUCAAGAGCUCUAUAAUUCGUCAGACUAUGGAUCGGGCAGCUGCCGAUCGUAAAAGUAAUACUGAUCAUGCCGAUCCUUAUCGCUAUUUCACUCGUCAGGAGUUGGUCGAACUAUUUACUCUUGAUGAGAACCCACGAUUCUCUAAGACGCAACGCCAGCUCGCCAAAAUUCACUGUUCAGCAAGACGUAAAACUUACUCUGAGUUGGAAUCUCAUCUUCAAUUUAUCCUGUCAAUGACGGAUUUGGUUUUCGAUAUCUCCGAUCACGACUUGCUUUUCACUCAAGUUGAAUCUAGUGCCGAUGAUUCAGAUCCUUCUAUGACGAUGACUGAUGCGGAUGUGCGUUUUGCAGAAUCUCAGCUGAGGUUGGGUGAAGCUGCUAUAAGUUUAGAAGCUGCCAAAGACUUUGCUGCAUCAAAAAGACUACAAGAACAAGCCCAUGCAACCAUUAAACCCAAUUACAAUCGUCCUGCUGGUGAAAUAUUUGCUCCCUCGAAAGCUGAUUCUCAAAAGCCCAUGUUUAAUGCUCCGGGACUAGGUAAGGGUUUUGUCAAGGCUAGUGAACUUCUGAUGUCAUCACAAUCAUCAACAAUACCUACAAGUAGUUCUCAAACAUUCACAAAGAUUGACAGUUCAAGGAUAUCUAGUGAAACCUCAACUCGUACUGCUUCAUCUUUGCCUCCGAGUCAUAAUAUGAGACAUGGUAACUCUUUACCAGUAAAGAAAGAAAAGGAAAAUUCAGAUUGCAUUGCUUCAUCUUGUUUUCCAGCUCAACAUGCCAAAUUUGAAGAUGUAUCUUUGGCAAGAGGUUUACAGACAAGUGAGAGGGAAGACUCAGAAUCUCUGUCUCAGAUCCAUUCUGUGGGGAAUGUUUCUGGAGUGUCUGAUGAAACAAAGAAACAUCAUACUUCGUCCACGCCUUUAGUUCAGGGUUUCAGCCCUGAAGAGUCUUCAAGAAGUUUGUCGAUAAGAUCAGAUACGAAGAACGAUUCAAGGACGUCCGAGUUUGAUGCUUUAGAGGCAGAGAAAUUGAAAGAUGUUUCCAGAUUAUCUGAUGUUAUAAAUUCAUCCAGUCUAUUGGAAUCAGAUGUCGGGAAUGAAGAUGAAUUUGUACGGUCAUUUGCAGUUCCAUCUGAAAAGUCUAAUCUUGAGACGGCUGAUCUAAUAGCUUUCGAUUUAACGCGGACAAUUGAUGACGAGGAACUUGACCAAUCUAGGCCUCUUAAAUCUCUUCGGAAGAGUCUGGCUAUGUCGGGGAUCUAUUUGGGAGGUGGUGAGAGUCAAGACAAUAUUGACGAAAAGGAAGAUGUGAUUGAAGAUUCCUAUGAUGGGGAUUCUAACUCAGGAGAUCAAGAGAAGAAUGAAGGGGAGGAUAUUCUUGCAGACUCCGUGGAAAUUAUCGAAGACAGUUAUGAAGAGUAUGAGUGA